CUGCGUUUAAAAAGGCCGGUGGGUGCGUGUCGAUGGUCACAUUCAGUCCAAGGACUUGAAGCCGAUCGCAAGAUGAAAUUGUCUUUGCUUUCCUUGUUCCUGGUCGCAGCCGUCGUGUGCGUCUCAGUCAUCGACUCCGCACCGGCUCCCCACUGGCCAAGAUUUAGAGAACGUCGGUUACGCAACCGUCCAGCCGAGACGAAAGCUGAAGAAGGUAAAAAGGAAGAGAAGGUGGAAUCGGCUCCCGAGGAGAAAAAAGAAGAAAAAGCUGAACCUGCCAUUGAUUUUGGAACGCUGGCCGUUGAAGAAGCCGCUCCGGAAGCGAAAAAGGAAGAGGUGGUCGUCGCGGCGCCAGCGCCUAAAAAAGCAGCCAAAGUUGAGGAAGAGGAGGAAGAAGCCGAGGGUCUGUCUGUCGAAGUGUAACGAGCUCAUUGGCUUCGAAUUCGAUGCCCACACACACACACAAAUGUUCGAAAUCAUUCGUCAAUCGAAUCGCAUAAUUUUUCAAACAGAGUUUGAUUGCAAUUUUGACGUUUAGAACAGUUUCAUUCAGAAUUGAUUUUUAUUGUAGGCUUUUCGACCGAAAGCCAGUGCCUUGUUCAAUACGCACGCGAUUGCCAAAUAUAUUUUAGCGUCACGUCUA